CGCUGGUUCCCGAGGAGCCUGAUGAUGGUAUUAUGAAGACUAAAGGUUGUGGAAACCAUCAGAAUGGAGACCAGUGGGGAACGCCUGAACAUGACAACUGUUACUGCCAAGGACAGGACCGUUUCUGCUAUCGUGUGGAAUGUCUUCCAGGUUCUGAGAUUGUCCAAGCCGACGCCAAUAGCUUGUGGGAGUGUCCUGAUGGUUUUUCUUCAGGAGGAGGAGAAAAUGACGCCGGCAUUGGGGAAUCUGAAGAUGCAGAUGAACGUCGUGACUUUGCAGAAGAGGAAAGGGGCCUCUUCUCAUGGGGAAAGGGUCGUGGAAGGGGAAAGGGAAAGGGUCGUGGGACAGAUGAAAACGGACUCAUCACGGCAAAAGGUUGCCAAAACCAUCAGAUUGGAGACCAGUGGGGCACGCCUGAGAACAACAACUGUAUCUGCCAAGGUUCAGACCGCACCUGCUAUCCUGUCAACUGCCUUCCCGGGUCGGAGAUUGUCCGUAUAAGUGACGCCGAUGGUCCCUGGAACUGUCAAGUUGAUUUCUCCACGAGAAGCAUAACAGGAUCGGCUGAGAUUUUACAGGAAAAUGAAAAGAGAAUAGCGGCCCUUGCGGCAUUCGGCCUCUUUGCAGGGGUAGUAGGGAUAGUCAAUUUCAUUUGGAGCCGUAUCGGGGCUGCAAAAACAACGGCAAAGCUCAACGAAAUACAAGACCAGAUUCGAGAGCUGGACAAAAAAGUGGACGAGUUGACACAAAGCGUCAGUGGCCUCCAACUGGGGCAGCAGUACCUCCAACAAGUCAUCCUGUAUGGUAGAGAUGAACUACGACUGAGGAACAUGCUGGACACUCUUGCUCGGAUGCAAGUUAGAAACGGGCGGUACACAGGAACGUACGACAUCAAAGGCUGGGCAGACAGCGUGCUGAGUCAUGGGUCAGAUGGCGUCCAACAGGUAAUGUACAAUCUGCUAGACAUGGUGAAACCACAGUCGGUGCUCUUCGGUGGAAAAUCCCUGUUUGAAAUAUACCACCAACAACUCAAAGACGGGGACCUAACUACGUACAGAGAGAGGAUGCCAAAGAAAGUCACGCAGGUCUAUGCUCUGAUUGGAGGCGGGUACGCAGUCUGGAUCACCGCUCUGCGAAUCAAGGGACGAACAAGGGAGAUUCCCGGCAAGACACAAGAGGCACAGGAGAAACUUAAGAGUUUGGAACCAAACCUGGAAAAGUACUUUAAGUAUGGUAGCUGCCCCACCAGCUAUCAACGGAAGGACAGGACAUGCUACAAAGCGUUCAACAGUUUCAAGACCUGGACUGAUGCCUCUGCAUACUGUCAGGCCGAGGGACCAGGCGGGAAGUUGGCAAUGGCAAAAGACAGCAGCACCAACGCAUUCUUGAUCAGCCUCAAAGAUGCUGCAAGUAGUUCAUGGGGCUUUUGGUUUGGGCUGAAUGAUAGGGCAAGGGAGGGGAGCUGGAAAUGGCCUGAUGGUACCUCUCUGGGGUCGUUCAAAUACUGGUCACCGAUUGAGCCAAACAAUGGGGGUACAAAUUGGUGGGGCACACCCUUGGGUAACGAAGACUGUGUGGAGUUUUUCAGGACCGGAUGGAGGAACAGUAACUGGAACGACGCUGACUGUGGGAAGACGAGGUACUUCAUUUGUGAAAGGAAACCAGAGGGACUCUGAAGCCACGCGAAAUUUUCUGGAAUGGCUCCUUGUGAUUUCUGCAUUGGGCAGAAAUAGUGC